AUGGUGUACCCGCGAGCAGUGGUUAGGAAUACUCCGGUGUCCGUCACUCCCGGGGCUCUGGCGACGACGGCCAGAUGUCCACCACCUCAUCUGCCAGCUCCUGCUCCAGUCGCUGUAGCUACUGUUGCUGCGAUUUCAUCUGCGCCAAGACGUCAGUUGCAUCAAACGAAUGCCUGCCUGAACGAACACAUCUUCAACAUUCAGGAUUCCGAGGACUUCAAGAAGAGAGUCCUUCAUAGCAAAGUUCCAACCAUUGUCGACUUCUAUGCAACAUGGUGUGGUCCAUGCAAGCUGUUGAUUCCUAAACUGGAACAGAUAGUAGCCAAGAAUGAAGGGAAAGUUGUUCUUGCCAAAAUUGACAUUGAUGUCCACACUGAUAUCGCCGAUAGUUACAGGGUGUCAGCAGUGCCUACUGUGAUUGCGAUGAAGAAUGGCAAAGAAUUGGAUAAGUUUGUCGGCUUCAAAGACGACAGCACGCUAGAAACCUUCGUCGAAAAGUUACUUAAAUAA